UUCGAAAUGGAUUUGACAGAAUCGCAGUUUUCUGAAUGCGAGGGUUCUUCUAAUUUUAUACCUUCUUCUGAUUCUGGUCCUCCACCUCCUGUUUCUUAUCGUGUUGCUGAAUAUAAACCUGGGGACAUACAUAUCAAUGGGUCUGAAGUUAACACCGAAAGUGCAUCAGCUCUCGAUAUGUCGGUCAAUUCUAGUUUUGAAGCCUCAGACUUUGAAAAGAAGCAAGGAUCUUUUACUCAGGCAGAUGAUUUUCAGGAUUUGUUUAAGGAAAAUGAAGACCCAUCCAAAUUAAAAGUAGACCAGUCAACUUCAGGAAACUAUCCACAUGGAUUUCGAUAUAACUGUUCAAAUCGUGGAGGAAAAUCUUUGGGUCACACACAAGACCAAGACCUAUUCGACGAGGUCCCUAACCACCAGCAUUCUAUGCGUUUAUCUGAGCCGUUGAAUACGCACAAAAUUAUCACUAAUUCAACCAACAGUCCUUUCUUAUCUGGAUUAGUAUCGCAUUCCUCGUCGUUGACACGAUUGCCGAAUUCUGCUUCAGUCUUAUUGAAUAGCACUGAUGGUGGUGGUGGUGGUGGUGGUGACGAGGACGAGGAGGAGGGGGAGGAUACCUCUGCCUUACAUGAUCAUGAGAUUUCAUACAAUGAUGAUGGCGAAAACGACGGAAGUUCAUCAAUAAUAAUGACGUCGUCAUCAAAAAAUCCUGUAAAACAAAACCUGGUCAAAAUGAAUGAUUUGGUGCAUUCCACUGACUCCAUUUUAGCUAUAAAUGUGUCUGCAAUAGUCUACCGAAUGGACAAUACUCACAAUGUGAUAUUUGAUAGCCGUUUUAAUGUAAAGAUAAAUAACGUGAAUAUUGAAGCUGCCUAUCAUCGAUUACAGAAGGAUAAUGCAAAAUUAAUCGCGGAAUUGAGUUGUCUACUGAAACCGACUAGUUGUAGUGCUGAACAGGUGAAAACAAGUGAUUCCUUAUCGUCGAUAUCUCCACCGAUAACGGACUCAUCAUCAUCUCAUGCGCCACAUGCAGCCAGUUCAAAAUCUAUUUUUCGUUCAAGCAGUAUGUCUACAUCGAAUUCAGAUUUUGCCCAACCUAAGUUAGAUGAGAAUCAAGGUAGUAGUGGUGAGAAUCAUCUUUGUUUUCCGUUCAAGUCACCUGUACGCGCAUCCUCUUCUGGAUCGGAACUUUUUAUACCACGUUCAAAAAAUAAGUCAAAUGUUAAGCAACUACCUAAAAAGAAAUCACCAAUACGUGCCAGUACUACAUCCUCGUCAAGUUCUGAUCUCUUCAUACCUCGUUCAGCAAAUAAAGUAAGCCGACGGUUUUUUCUAUUUUACGGGUAA